AUGGAUGAUCAGUUGCGGACCGUGGCACAGAAUGGAGACAUUGAUGCAUUGUAUAGAAGGGUUGCCGAGGAUCCAUAUAUCCUGGAUCGUAUUGAUCGGCUACCGAUUGCCGAUACACCCUUGCACCAGGCUGCCAGGUCAGGUAAACCCCAUUUUGCAAUGGAAGUUGCAAAUUUGAAGCCAUCACUUUCUUCGAAGCUAAACCAUAUGGGACUUAGUCCUCUCCAUCUUGCUCUGCUGAAUAACUGCAGUCAUAUGGUUAGAGGACUAAUCACGAUCAAUAGUAAGCUGAUCCGUGUCAAAGGAAAGGGGAUGAUUACACCGUUACACUAUUUAGCUGAGAUCGAUGAUGCUGAUGUUUUAGCUGAAUUUUUAUUUGCUUGUCCAUCAUCUAUUGAAGACACCACAGUUAAGUUUGAGACCGCAGUGCACAUAGCCGUGAAAAACCGUUCAAUUAGAGCUCUCAAAGUCCUUCUGGGAUGGCUAAAUCGAGUUAACAAAGAAGAUAUUCUGAAUUGGAAAGAUGAAGACGGUAACACAGCCUUGCAUAUUGCUGUAUCUACUAAUCAGCCUCAGGUUGUGAAGUUGUUGGUUAAGCAUGUCAAUGUGAAUGUCAAGAACUCCAAUGGUAUGACAGCUAUGGACACAUUUCACCUUCAAGCAACAAUGCAGAACUUAGAGAUCGGUAAGAUUCUAAGUCGUGCUAGAGCAAAAACGGCAUCCAAUCUUACCUCAAACAUGACUCUCAGAGAUUACCUGAGCAGGAAGUUAACUCUGAUCGAUAUACGAGACAAAUAUUUGGGAAUUUAUUCUCGUAAUAAUCGUAGUGAUAUUCGUGCUAUGGUUCUUGUGGUGGCUAUCCUGAUUGUGACAGCCACCUAUCAGGCCGGCCUCAACCCUCCAGGGGGAUACUGGCAAGAUAACUAUAAACCAGCAACAACAAAUAAUGGUAGUAGCAGUGCCAACAACACCAAUACCAGCUUGGGCCAAGAUCAAAGGCCACAUUAUGCAGGACAGAUAAUCAUGAAACCUUUUAAUCUAUUCUAUUUCUUCACGCUCAAUAGUUUGGCUUUCUAUUUAUCAGUUUGGACGAUUCUGGUUGUUAUAACAGGCCUUCCAUAUUCCAUGAUCCUUUACAUAUGUACAUGUUUUCUCCUUCUUUCAUAUUAUGCUUCGCUAGUUAGUAUCUUUCCAUCACACCCAAACUCUUCGAUUUUCACAGCUGCCAGUACUUCAUACAAAAACUUACUUUAUGUGUCCGCAGCAGCGACAUAUGUAUUUCCUGUGAUAGCGCUUGUUAAACAUGAAUGGGUUAAAAACCGGGUGGUCUUAAUGAGAGGAAACAGGGUAGGCACCAUUCCAGAAAUAUGA